AUGGAUGUUGAUGUCAAUGAGAUUGAUACUCUCAUUAUGGCAUCUAUCAACCAUGAUUAUAUCGGAAACUCAGAUGCAUGUAUUAUUCAGGGGAAGUUAGGGCUAUCUGAGGAGUGUGCUUGUUUCGACACCAGUGGCCUGGGAUGUACCGAUGCUAUCUAUGCGCUUUGGUUGGCGCAUUCUCUGGUUGAAAGCGGGGCAUCAAAAAAAUGUUUAGUACUUGAAGGUUCUUCAAGUAGUCUUAUUACAAAUGUAAGAAAUAGAAACGCAAAUAUGUUGUUUGGCGAUGCGGGAGCCGCUAUCUUGGUUGACCGCUCUGACAAAGAAUAUGAAUCGUUUUUUCACCUAAAAAGUUUAGGCAAAGAUUGGAAAAAAAUUGUCACGCCAGCGGGUGGUUUUAGACUGCCUGUUCAACGUGAUAUUGUCGAUUUGGAAAUCAUGGAUCCUGUUGGAAACCCGUAUCACUUGUCAGACUCGGUGAUGCAAGGUGGUGAUGUCUUUAAGUUUGCUAUAGAUAAUGCACCGGACUCGAUCAGUAAAGUUAUUGAAUAUGCAAAAAGUAGCUAUCAAGAAAUUGAUUUUUUUGCUAUCCAUCAGGCGAAUGGGCAAAUUGUUAGAACCAUUAUUAACCAUGCUGGGUUACCCAAGGAUAAAGCUUCAGCUGAAACAUUUUCUAAAUAUGGGAACUGUGGUGGCACAUCUGUGCUGGUUAAUUAUUGCGACCAAAUGUUUGGUAAAGUAAGUAAUAGUACGCUUUUCGUUUCUUUUGGUGUUGGACUUUCAGUUGCGAGUUGUAAGCUGGAUCUGUCCGAUACGAUAAACGGUGGUGUUACUUUAUAUAAAACACCUGACUGUAUCCAAUCAAGAGAUGAGCUGAUCUCUGAGUGGGUUAAAUUUAUAAAAAACGAAGAUUGA